AGGAACACAUCGGUGAAUCAUUAUUUUGUGAAUUUUAUAACUGUAAAUCGCUUACAGAAAAAGAAACACGUAGGAUUUAGUAUCCAGUGGACACAUUUUUCAUCCAAUAAUUGAUACUAUCUACAAUCAAAAUGCAGGACCCCAAUGAGGAUACUGAGUGGAAUGAUGCCCUGCGAGCAAAGGGUAUUCUUCCGCCGAAGCCGAAGGAAAAGGAAAUCACCGAGGAUGACAUUAUUGGCAUGAUAGAGAAUACUAUCGAACAGAAACAGCACCAAGGCAAAGACCUAUCCAAAAUGGGAUUGGAUGAGCUAGACGAGUUGGAAGACUCCGAAGAUGAAGCUGUGUUGCUCGACUAUCGCAAGAAGAGGAUAGCCGAAAUGAAAGCUAUGUCACAGAAGGCUAAAUUUGGUUCCGUAAUUGAGAUUUCCGGUAAAGAUUAUGUGGACGAGGUGACAAAAGCUGGAUCGGAGAUUUAUGUGGUUCUGCAUUUAUACAGCCGGGGUGUUCCUUUCUGUUCGUUGAUCAACCAACACUUGAGUCAAUUGGCCGUCAGAUUCCCUGCAACUAAAUUUAUCAAAGCUAUCGCUACUACUUGUAUUCCCAACUAUCCGGAGCGCAAUUUGCCGACUAUUUUUGUUUACUACGAGGGUCAAAUGAAAAAGCAGCUUGUUGGGCCAGCAGAACUGGGCGGACUCAACCUGAGUUGCGAGGAACUGGAAUUUAUGCUAGGACAAGCGAAGGCAAUCAACACCAACAUUACUGAGGAUCCUCGCAAAGCCCGGGCAGUCAAAGAUAAAAUGUUCGCCGAUUUAGCCGACAGCAACGAUUGGUAGCGGUAGACUUUAUCUUUCGUUUCAAUCGAUAUCCUUGCUAACUAGCGUAACAUCUGUAGCCACCAAAUCACGUCGAACAUGCA